AAUUCACCGCCAGUUAACAUUCGAUGAAAUAUUCUCCAAUUAUGUCUCAAUCUGGUUCGGAGCAUCAAGAGGCAGCUCAUGCUGAAGCAACUUGCCCCGGCAUUGCAUAUAAAGAUCUUUCGCCAGAACAACAAGAAAUGAGCGACAUUCUAUAUAAAAUGGAGCGCCAUGACCUAGACCUAUGAGGCAUUGUACACCUCGGCCGUGACGGGAUUUUCCGCUACCUUGAUGCUGAUCGCAAUAUCCACUAUGCAAUUGCUCUGAGGCCUGCGUUAAUAAAAGCUUUAUUAGACCGCGGCCCUUAUGAUAAGGAGGAAGAGAUAGUCUUUCGCGGAGUUGAUGGAACAAAAGUUCCUAAAGAGCAGUGGUAUAAUCCACUCCCGGGUAUCCUUCCCGAACCACUAUCUAAGGAGCAUCGGAAAGAGGGCCGAGAGUUUAUUAAGAAGAAUAAAGAGAAGAUUGACAAGAAUCGUGAGGCUUCUAAGAAUUACAAGGAACGUCUUGUAUCUAUAGAGUCAGAUCAUAAGCUUGAAUAAAUAUACUGGAGUGUCGCCAGUUGAGAGACUAUAUUUAUGCAUAAUCCGCCGAAUUUGUGCGAUAUGCCUGGCUCGGAAAGAAACAAGCCGGAGGAGCGGCACCGGAUGAAAGGUGGCGAAAUACGACUGACCGUCGAGAAGUUGGAUUAAAAAUCAAGGCACAUGUAGAGCGUUUCGG